AUGGCAGAUCACUCUGGAGUAACAGCAGAUUCCCUCAAGACUGCCAUCCUUCAACGCCUUGAAGCUGAACAUGUUGAAAUCAUAGAUCUCUCUGCUGGUUGUGGACAAAUGUACGAAGUAGUUAUCGUAUCUCCUCUUUUUAGAGAAAAGAGACUUUUGGCUAGACACAAGUUGGUCAAUGAGAAGCUCAAGGAUGAGAUUAGUAAGGUUCAUGCCUUUUCUCAGAAAUCCUACACACCCGAGGAGUGGGAAAAGAAGACCGCACAAUAA